CACUUCAAGACUCAGCACAAUCUCUCCAACUCUGCAUAUACGUGCUUUUGGCGUCCUGGUUCAUUAGUUCCACUCCCAUUUUUUUAUUAGUAUAUAAGAGCGCAAAUGUUGCUUUUAAAGAAGAAACUCACAGUUGGUGGGGAGAAAAGGCUGUACAUACCAACAGAAACUCUCAACUGCUUACCAGGUUAUAAUGGAGAAAAUUUCAAUGGGAAAUAUUCUGUAGCUUUCCAUGUCUGGUAUGAGGGUCGUCCCAGGUUGAUCUGUUAUUCCAUUCGCAGAGGACGUUACAAAAAAGCAGUCUUUUCCAAGCAUACCUGGGGAUCUCUGUGUCAGGAAAAAGGUUUCGUAGCUGGUGACACCGUGAAGAUUUUAAGGAAUUUAGAUGGGUCAGAUGCCUUCAGGUAUGAACUUCUAGUCCUGAAAAGACUCCAGCCAUCUAUUGAUAGUAAAGCUCUGGACCUGGAAUUGAAACUAGCACCACCUGAGCACUAAGCAAAUUAAUUGCCUGUAAACUAAGUUGGCUCUCCUAAUAAGUAACUGUUAUUGAU